GUAAAUAAAAUCAUGUGAUUACGACAGAAAAUCUCAUUGGCUGACUGUGUCUUUGAUCAGUUGUCAAUUGACCCCCCCUGGGGGUCUAUUCUCGAGUUUCGUGUGAAUUUAGUUUGUACAGUGCGCGUAUCCUCGUCAUAAUAUAGAAGUAAAAACUGGACUCAAGGUGACAAUAAAAAUGACAUUUAUUUUGAGACGUUGGAUGUGGAAGCACAUGAUAAAAAGGACACUUUUACCUGUGAAUAAGUUAACGAUAACACCAAAUUACAAAAUUCACACAUCGAAAUAUUGCUUUCACGGUGAAUAUGAAAUGCAAGAUCCAAAGUCAGAAGCUGAGGUUGUAAAUGUAACAUUUAUUGACAAAACAGGAAAAAGAAUUCCUGUAAGGGGAAAAGUGGGAGAUAAUGCAUUAUAUUUGGCUCAUAGAUAUGGAAUUGAAAUGGAAGGUGCUUGCGAAGCUUCUCUUGCAUGUACCACUUGUCAUGUAUAUGUGCAUCAUGAUUAUAUAGACAAACUUUCAAUAGCCGAAGAAAAAGAAGAAGAUUUGUUAGAUUUAGCACCUUUUUUGAAGGAAAAUUCAAGAUUAGGUUGCCAAAUAAUACUAACAAAAGAUUUAGAUGGCAUAGAAUUGGAGCUACCUCAAGCAACAAGGAAUUUCUAUGUAGAUGGUCAUACACCAACUCCACAUUAGUGUAUCUUUUGCUUUGUAUAUAAGUUAUACCAGUAACUAACAUCUGUACAUAUUUUGUUUAUACAAUUAGUAAAAUACGUGUAUUAUAUAAUAUAUAAAUCGAAUUUUACGUACUUUAAUGUUUUUAAUAAACAAUAAUAUAAGAAAACAUUAUAUUUUCAGAAAGUACUUUAAUAUAUUUCAUAAACUUUCAGAGCAACAAACUUGAUUUAUAUGACAUUUCAUCAUGGUACAAUAUAUUUAUUUCUUAUACAUUUGGAUUAUGAUACAUAUCUUUAAUUACAAUGAUACAGGAUUUAAACAUUUAUGAUAUAAUGAAUCUGUGAAUUAAAAUCGUAAUCAUUAACCUUGCAGCAUUUACAUUAUCAGUGAAAAUACCCUAUAAGUUUUUUUGUUAACUGUUCACGCUUGAGCGCUGCCAAUAAUGUGGUACACAUUUUGUACUCUUGGCAGGCACCUUUAUGUAUUUUCUCAGUUUGACUAUUUUCACAAUAGCUUUGUGUACACAUAUUUUUUAAAUGUGCAUAAGUUUCCACGUUCAUCAGUUCGUAUACGCGUACGCAACUUGCAUGUUGAUUUAUGCAUAUACAUCUGUCUCUGUGUCGAUAAUUAUUAUCAUCAAAAUUGUCAUAAUUAUUAUCGUACAAACUACAUUCAUUGAUCACUAUAAUUAUAGACACGUUAUAACAUCUCAAAUCAAUCACACCCUGCACUCAUACUUCGUAAUUAAAAGAAUUUAAAUAGAAACACAUUCAUCCUGCCAUACAAUGUUGUACAAAACUACACUUGCGAAGAUGAUUACAUGUGUAUUUCUCAUUUGGUAUGAGUCAUCACAACAGACUUAUUGAAAAAAUAACUUUUGUACUUAUUUGUAAUUAAGAAAAGAUCAUGAUAUUUAAUCAAAUAUCAUACAAAUAGAAACUGCAAUUAAAAUUAUCAAUGGAAUACUUUAAAUCGACAAAGAUGAUUUGUUUAAUAUCGAAAUUAAACUAUUAAUUUCUAUGGCGGUAAACAAGUUAAUAUUUACAUAGUUGACAAAUUUAAAGUUUUAUAAAUCUUCAUAGAAUUUUUGUAAUAAAAAUAUUUCUUGAUUCGCAUCAAGUGUACAAUGUAUGUUUAUUGAAUUGUACAUUACAUGUAUAGCGAGUCCAAUUAUAUAAUUUUUGCGCAAUGUACCCCUAAGCUCAUUCAAUAAAAGUGCAAAUAUAAUCAUUAUCAAAAUGAAAGUCUAAUUAAUAUUGUUCUGUUGAAGGCAAUUUUAUAACUCAAUGUAUCUCAUAUAUCCAUUGAAUAUACUGGCAUUUGUUUUUUAAUCUAGUAAAACAUUGCAUUCUCUAUGAUAUACUAAAAAUCACUUAUAGAAACUGAAGUUCUGUUAAAUUAAUUACAGUUAAAAAUAUAGAAAAUUUAUGUAGCUGUAAAAAUAACAUUAUAUUCACAUUACUCUCCUAACAUAAAAAAUAGUGUGACAUACCUGUGUGUACAUAUAAAUACUGUAUUACCUGUUGAAUAUAUAAAUUGUAAAAAAAGAAUAUAGUAUUGGAUAUAAUAAUAUUUAUCUAGAAAAAAGCCAUCGCAUCUUUAUUUUGUGCAAAUUUCAUAGAGUAUUAUUUAUAAUUGAUCUGAAAAUGAACAAAUAUAAAUAUAUGUAUAUUUAGAUUGUAAAAGACAAAAUCUUUUUCGUAUUUUUUUCGUUAUAAUUGUCUAUGUGUGUAUGAAAAAUAGUUAUUGAGCUUAGGGGAUAAGUUUUACGAACAUUAACUGACUUCAUGAAGUAACAAACUUGUAAAGGCAAACAUAAAUUUGAGCGUGUAAACAGUUUGAACCAUUUAACUAGGUCACAUAAUUUUAAUAAACGAUAAUUAUAAACAAGAAUCUAACAGCAUUAUCCUAAGAUUAAUAAAAAGAAAAUUAAAUAUAUUGUACAUUAUACGGAAAAUAUUCUAAACGUUUCUUUUUUUAAGACAUUACAUACUUUGUAAAGAUUUAAAAGUACUAUACAUAUAUCACGUAAAAUUUCGAGAAAAAGUAAAUUUUGAUAUAAGUUGUUUCAAUCACAAAAGAAUUAAAAUACAUCCCUAUCAUUGGACUAGAAAUAUAAGAUAUAACAAAACCUAUUGAAUGAUAAUAUUGAUUUGUAGUCUUCCACCAUAUUCCAUAAAUCAAAUAUUUCGUACUUCUUUUUUUUAAUAACUAAAUGUCUGCAAAAGGAUUGGAGAUGCGGUGAAUCGAACCGUUUAAUAAUUAAUUUAUAUUGUUAUUCGAAAGCUGCAUCUGACUGUAUCAUCUAUUUAUUAUAAAUUAUAUUUUAAAAAUAAUGUAAAAAUUGUAAACAUUAUAAUUGAAUCUCUUUCAAUGAUAUUUAUGAUCACAUAAUCUGAGCAAACAAACAAACAGCUAUACUUUUAUAAAACACUUAAUUAACCAUAGCGUUUUAAUAAAUUCAAAGUUAACUUCCUUUCAAUUAAAAUUUACAUAUAAAAUUCAGAUUCUUAGUGUGCGUGAAAUUCUAAAAAACCAUAUAUUAUGGUUUGUAAAGCUGAUAAUAAAGAACGUUCAAUAAGAUCAAUAAUAAGCAGAAUUAUUGUUAAAGACCAACUGCAUCCCUCUCUCAAAAGCAUCUUAAUUUUCUAAACAUUCAAAUGGUGUGCAUAUCAUUCAAUUAUUGUAGAAUACAUAAAAUAAAAUGAACUAUCUAUUAAUUAUUAGUGAACUUAAAAAAAUAAUUAGGAGUACAUAUAGAUGUAAAUUAGAAUUUUCUUAACAAUACUAAAUAUAUAUGUUACAGAAAUAUAAUACAUUAUAGAAUAGAGAUUCCGAUUUGUAAACAAUCCAUAGCAGUCUAUAAAAAGCAAGAAAUCAAGUAUGGAUAAGUUUUUCUUCAAUAUAGAUACAUGUUUACAAUAAUGUAAAACUAUUUUUAUCAUUCAUCCUAAAAUUGAAAAUAUAUUUCAAUGUGUGAUAAGCCUCAAACUAAUAAUAUAUUAUAUUAUCGAAGUUUCUUAAACUUAUCUUCAUUGUGAAUGAAGUAACAAUAAGAUUGAUCGUACUGAAAGUACCAUGCUAGUAAAUACUGAUAUAAUUUAGCAUUUAAUAUUACACCAACGUAGUAGCAUAAGAAAUUCCAUUUAACGAAUAAAUGACUAUAUAAAUAUUAAUGAUAUUUUUAAAAUAGAAAGAGCACAAUACAAAGGUACCUUAAGAACGAAAUUGCAUUUUGAUAAUAAAAAAAUUGUUUGUUAUAAACAUUCAUCGUCAUAGAAUUUUUAACAUUAAUUUUGAUACUUAUUUGUGAAUGUGCAACUAGCUUUUUCAACCAGUUUUGCUAAUUACUGAAAUAGAUUAGAAAUCUUUAUUUUUGCCUGUUAAAUACCUAAGGCUUAAAAGAUAAACAUACAUUUUGUAUAUAAUUUGUAAUUGAAUCAAAGCUAACUCAAUUUUUUCUAGAAAAAUCAUAUAAAAGUGUAUAGUACAAAUAUUGUCGACACUGGGUUUGAUUAUAAAGACAUAUAAAAUUUCAUAAGAAGAAUGAAAAAGAAUCCAAAUAAUACAUUUUGUAGUGACAAAAUGUUAUCACUUUACAUUUUACGAAAAAAAUGAACAAGUUUAAUAAAUAAUAUCUUCAAUUUACAUAUAAUAAAAUCAAAAUUUCUAUAAUCGUAUAGCAAACAGUUACUUUUAUUGUAAAAAGUUUCGCACAAAGCAAAACUUAACUUCCAACUUGGUAAUAUACAAUUUUGCAUGUCCUCAUUUCUUCAUUGAAUUCUCAAGUGUGCACCAUGUAUCACAAACAGUUGGUUAGUCCAGAUACUGUUAUUAUAGACCCAUCAUUCGAAGUAUACUAAAUGAAGUUCAUUCUCAAAUCGUUUAAUGUACAGGUGUGACUAAAUAAUGCAUUUUGCUAAUAAAAUAUACAAAAUGUAUGGAAUAUAGAUAGUAUUAUGACUAAAUGCAAUACUUUAUGCUCGUAUUUUUUUCGGUCUUUUGCUUUUUUUUU